AUGCUCAUCCAAGUCUGCGGGGGUGCUCCGGAUCUACCCGACACGGCAAGCGCGGAGCUGCACCGAGGCCUUCGGCGGCCGGCGUUACUGCUUGCCCUUGUGGGCAUUGUGCAGGACAACAAGGCGGGAUCCGGGGCCCAGAGAGCGGCGGGGUCUGCCCUAGUGGCGUUUUGCGACAGCUCGCCAGGCCUGUGGAAGGAGCUCGCGAAGGAAGUUCGAUCCAGCAAGACGCUCCUUCAGGGCUUCCUCAAGCCGGCUUCGAUGCUGGCUUCGAUCGCUGACCACCGCACGCAAGAAUUAGUCUUCGAAGCUCUCUAUCGCCUGUGGAAGGUGUGGAAGAAGCAGCGCGGCGGGCCGCCGCAGCUUCCCCCCUCAACCCGCCGCGAGAUAGCAGAGGGCUUCUCCUCCAUCACCAUCGACGACUUCGAAGGCCAGACCCGCGCCAUGCUUGCAGCAGUCAACAGCAGGCCCAACGGAGACGAUGGCGAGGACGGUGAAUAUGACCCAGAAGAAGACGAAAAGGGCUGGCUUUCCCCCCCAUCGUCUUUUCCAGUGGAAGCCCUGCUUCAGGUGACCGAGUGGCGAGGGCUAGGGCUGCGUGACCGCCUCGGAGAGGCACACCACCUCGACAUAGGGGGUGACUCCAUUAGCAUCCAGGUCUACCCAAAGGCAUCCCCGGGGAAAACCAGCGGAACAUCGACAGGAGGAGGUGGCGUAUUCAUCAGCAUCCCGGCAGAAACAGUAGCCGCGGCGAGCAAGGUGCUGGUGGGGGCUAGGUCGCUACAGGUGGACGUCUCCCUGUCCGAGUGUCCAGCCCUGGCAAGACUGGUCCGCACCCCCCCAGAAGAGAAUGCGGCAACCGCGAACUGCACGAUCAUUAUUCAGCUGGAGGGUGGCUCACAAAUGUUCAGCCGGUUCAGACAGGCCAUCGCUGCUUUGAAAUCCAAGGUUCCCGAUGUGGCCAAGGAGGCCAAGCCUAGCAGGGGUUCCAAGUCAACCAAGGGUUCCUCGGCCCUGGAACACGCGGAGGUUUUCAAGCCUUCCGAUGAGUUGGAAGGAGCCGAGGGCGUUGAAGAGGACCUCGACGAUGACGACGAAGAGGGGACGCAGACGAACCACAGGAAGCGACCUAGGGCCGUAUGUGGCUUGGCCGGCUCUGUGAGCAACCGGUCUCGCAUCACGCCCCGGAAGGACGGGCGCAGGGAUAGCGACCGGGGAGGGGAAGACCAAACCGCCUCGAGGGAGAAGGCUAGCUCGGGUCGCAAGGCAAAGAGGGCGCACAGGGCGCCGCUCAAUACGCCAACAGAUUCACCCGUCUCGGCCCCGGCGGCGGCAGCAAGGGUGAACACAAGCACAGCGUCUUCUGCGGAAAAGAAGCGGAUCACGGACCACGCGAAAGGCGAGGUACCGACCCCGGCGGCCGGUUCCUUCAGGAGGAUCGCCCAGGGCGCCGCCGUGACGGCUCAUGACUCAAGCCUUCAGGCCAGGGAAAGCUCGGAAGGGAGCUCCAGGAGUUUUUCCGACGACGCCGACGCCACGGCCGCCCGUGAUGAUGACGGCGGGGACUCCUGGAUGGCUCCCCGCCGGCACCUCGAUCUCGCUCCAGCAUCAGCCACGGCCAAACGGAAGGACAAGCAGGCGCGUACCAAGACAGGAUCCAGAAACAGGGACGGCUCUGGCAAAGUGCGGGCGGCCAAGGGAGAUGGCGGAUCGUCCCUCCGGGGUGGGAGCACCGAGUGGGAUAUCAGCGAAGACGACGGCGGUGACGAAGGUCAUUGUGAGAAGGGCAGUGCCGGGCGCCACCGCCUUGAGGAAGUGACGCCCAGGAGCAAGGCCAAAGCCAAGCCGAGGGCAGCGAAAGCAGGCGGUGCAGGACCCGGGCCCGGAAGCAGUGUCCUUAGCGGCAGCAAAAACACCCCGUCUCCCCCCGCCUCUGUCUCCAGGCGGCGGGGGGGUGCGCGAAGCAGCGGCACCAAGGUCGCCGGCGGGGGGUCAUCGAUUGCGUCGGCGACCGUCGAGGAGAUCGCCGCCGCUUCUGCCAAAGGGGGCCGCCACCGUCGCCUUUGGGGGUUAGACGAGGACCAGAAGCAACAUGCGUCGUCUUCCAAGCAGGGCGAAGAGCUCGGGAUUUCCACCCUAUCAGUCGUUGUUGCUUCGGCAGAAGGCCGCAGUGAUGGUGAAGGAGGAAGCGGGAGUUCCAGCGGUAGCGGCCGCAUCGGCGGCAGUGUUAGUGGGAGCAAAGGCAAGGGAGGAGGAGGAGGAGGUGACAGCCUCAACGUCGGUGCCGCUCGAGGUGGCAGAAACAGGCCGUCGAGGAGGGAGGCCGCUUCGAGGGCACUGAAGGCGCUAUCCCCUCCGCCGUCACCGUCGUCAUCGUCCUCGUCGUCGUCCGAUUCUGAUGCAGAAUCGAGCGCCAGCAAUCGGCAGCGCCCCCACGGCAAUGCCGGCGGUCGCAAAGGCUCCUCGCACCAGACCACGGUUCCUGCUGCAGCCACAGGUUCUAGAGAAGAGGAUAGAGCGGAGAAGAGCUCGGAGCAGAGGAAACUCAGAGCCCAUGUUCAGGUUGGCGAGGCUGCGGGCAGUGUCGGGAGUCUCAGCCAGCAAUCCUUCUUCUCUUUCGGUGGGGACGAAGACGGCGGUGACAACGACAACGACGCCGAGUACGUCGAGGAGGACGAGGGAGGUGCGGAGAGCGACAAGGACGGAAGCGAGGAACUCGACGAGGCAGCCAGCCCAACGAGCGAUUGCUCGGACGAAGAACUUACCGAGCGCAGCACCAGCGGCGGUGGUGCUGCCCCUACCAGAGGUAGGCAGGGAGCUGUCCCAGCGAAGACGGAUAGGCGAGCCCGACAGCAGCAGCAGCAGCAGCAGCUUGGAGAUGAGGGCUAUGAGAACCAGGAGGAAGGAGAGGAGCAGGAGGGAAAGAGUGGUAGGGAUGGAGACCAUGGCAACAGCAACAGCGACAACGACUACAAUCUCGAGGAAGACGACAUCGAGGAGGCGGUAGAGGGGGGCGAAGACGAGGAUGGUGGAGAAGAGGAUUCGUUGAUCCUGGCUCAAAUCUACAAGCAGCUGGUGGCGGCUUCGCAGGCGCGGACCAAGCGCAUCAAGAAGCGGAAGACGGAUAGCGCCGUGGAAGCCACUCGGGCGGAGUGCCGGGAUUACGUCGAGAGCGUGUCUCAAGCGGUCAGCGAGCACUGGCGCCGACAGGCCCAAGACCUGCUGGAGCAGGGGCGGCAGGCGGAGGAGGACGUUGUGGCUGCGAGGGAAGUUGUCAGGGUUCUGACCCUCCAGCACGAGGAUCAGCGGCAGGCUGCCAGAGACAGGGUGGAGAAGCUCGCGUCGACGCUGAAGAGCCUAGAGUCGUACUUUGGGCCGGGUCCCGGAGCUAGCUCUACGACCAAGCUGGAGAACGCAUGGCUGGGCGAAGGAGUUGAGUUGCAGCAAAAGCUUCAGAAGCACCGGGAGAGCGCGGUGGCCAGGUUCUCGGUCACACUGAGCUCAAACAAGAAGGCGAACAAGGGAGGACGUGGCGGCGGCGGCGACAGCACCAGCAUUGCCUCUCUUCUGAGCCAUCUAACCAUGCACGCGGAGGGAUCAUCUGCUGUGUGA